UACUCUACGUAGUAACAUCGCACUCUCUUCCCACAGACCGUCACGGCUUGCUUCGCAUCUUCGCCCCUAGACCUAAGACCUCGCUGCUGAAUCAGACGUUCUUUAUCAUUGUCUCCUCUUUCUUUCAGUACACAAUACAUAGGCAAUCGGCGCAGAUACGACGAGGAAAAAUAGCAGGCAUGGCAGCACCCGCCGUCCCAAAAUCCAGAAUAUUACUGUUAUGCGGCCUCGGGAACCCAGGUAGCGGAUAUGCCCGAACACGACACAACCUCGGCCAAAUCGUCGUGGAUCACCUCCAGAAACAAUUACGGUCACCCCCGUUCGCACAAUCAUCCGGAUGGGGCGGUACGCUUUCUCUACCUCCGAACCAUACGGGUGAUGAAGGGGGUGUAUUACUCUUCAAGCCGAGUGCGUAUAUGAACAACUCGGGCAAAUCCGUAAAGAAGGCCUGGGAUAAUCUCAUCACCAGCAUACCCCAACCCGACAAACCACGAGCAACCCUCGUCGUUCUCUACGACGACCUAGAAUCAAACUUUGGCGCCGUCAAACUCGCCGAAUUCGGAAAAGGAAAAGGACACAACGGGAUCAAAUCCUGUAACGCGCAUCUCGGGUUCGAGACCUACUUCCGGAUCAAACUCGGGACGGGAAGACCGGAGAGUAGGGAUCCGGAGGAUGUGGCGAGGUUUGUGUUGGAUCCGUUUACGGGGGGGGAGUGGGAUGAGGUUGAGAGGAGUGUGGUGCCGAGGGUGAUACAGAUGAUAGAGAAGAUACGGAAUAGACCAUAUGCAUGACUUGAAGGAUAUCUGGCAG